GCCCUUGCUUUCGCGUCUCCUCCCUUGUCUCGGCUCUCGUCUCGCCUUCACACCUUUCUUCCCCACCCCUACUCCUGCCGGAACCCGUGAUCCCGGCGCGAGCAUCUCACGCGCACUUCACCUCGUAUCACCGGAUCCAUCCUCCUUACGGUAGCUGGAGCUCCCGAGCUAGACCUAACCAAGCCGUGUCCGAUCCACCGAGCUCGGUGUUGGCCAGGCCCAGAUCUGCGAGAUCGCCACCGACCGCGCCCCGCCUUCUCCGAGGUACAGUGGCCAAGCCGUACCCCUCAGAUCCGCUCUUCCGUCCACUCAUCCCCGAUGCGUCGCUGUUGAUUGGCUGAGCCGGUGUGGUGGCUCUAGUUAUGAUUUUGGGAUCCCUGGGGCUCGGACGCCGCGGGUACUAAGCGGCAUCUCGCCGGCGGUGUGGUCCUGAGGCAGCGGUCCGGGCGAGAUGCAGCGGAACGGGGUGACGGAAUGCACCGUGUGUCGUUCCCGGCUUGUGGUGCCGAGCCCCCGGAGCGUAUCCAGGGCGUACGACAAGCACCACAACAAGAUAUCGUCCAAGUUCCGCGCGCUCAAAUUCCUCCUCGUCGUUGGCGACUGCAUGCUCGUCGGUCUGCAGCCCAUCCUAGUGUUCAUGUCAAAAGUCGAUGGGAAGUUUCAGUUCAGCCCCAUCAGUGUUAACUUUUUGACAGAGGUCGCAAAAGUUUUCUUUGCUAUCGUCAUGCUAAUUAUUCAGUCUCGAAAGCAAAAGGUUGGGGAAAAGCCACUUCUGGCACGUUCAACCUUUGUACAGGCAGCCCGUAACAAUGUGCUCCUAGCUGUUCCUGCACUUCUAUAUGCCAUCAACAAUUACCUUAAAUUUAUCAUGCAGUUGUACUUCAAUCCUUCAACUGUGAAAAUGCUAAGCAACCUAAAGGUACUGGUCAUAGCUGUUCUGCUGAAAUUUAUAAUGAGGAGGAGAUUCUCUGUAAUUCAGUGGGAAGCUCUUGCUCUAUUGCUUAUUGGGAUUAGCAUCAAUCAACUUCGGACUGCGCCUGUAGGCAAUACAGCAUUUGGACUUCCUAUCACUGCUAUUGCAUACAUAUAUACACUGGUUUUUGUAACUGUUCCAUCACUGGCUUCUGUCUACAACGAGUAUGCCAUGAAAAGCCAAGAUACUAGUAUUUAUCUUCAGAAUUUGUUUCUGUAUGGUUACGGUGCAAUAUUCAACUUCCUUGGCAUCCUUGGGACAGCCAUAUUCCAAGGGCCAGAGAACUUUAAUAUCCUUCAAGGGCAUUCAAGGGCUACAUUGUUUCUCAUAUGCAACAAUGCUGCACAAGGCGUUCUUUCUUCAUUCUUCUUCAAGUAUGCAGACACAAUUUUGAAGAAGUAUUCGUCAACUGUUGCCACAAUUUUCACUGGUCUAGCCUCUGCUGCUUUUCUGGGACAUACCUUAACUAUUAACUUUCUCCUGGGCAUAUCAGUGGUGUUUAUUUCAAUGCACCAGUUCUUCUCACCACUAGCUAAAGUCAAAGACGACAAACCAGGUGAAAUAUUGGAGUUGGAAAAUACACAGAAUCAUCGGUCAUCUGAAUCUUCUUUUGUAAAUAUGACUGCUGGUGCUGCUGAUGAUGCUAGCCAUCGGAUUGGUACUGAUGAAAGGCAACCACUGUUGCCAACGUGAAAUAUAUUUUUAAGGUAGGAUAGGAGACAAUUCUUUUUUGCCGUGUUUCCUACAGUUGGGGACAGCAGAUUUUGUGUAGUGCUGCGAGUAAAAUAAACUAUGUACACUGUAAAGGCAAAGAAAGAAGCUACGAAUGUGUUUUCCCUUUCGAUUACAAUUUUUCGGAGGGGGUGUUGUUGGGGUGGCAGUGGCACAGCAUAAUCCGGAUAGACAAAUAUAAUUCCAUAGGGAGUCCCCAAUAUUAUACAUAGAUUUUCAUUUCCUUUUUCUUUUCUGAACCUGUAUACUACACGAUCAAUGAUGUAUUCUUUUUGUUGCUGAAUAUUUGAGCCACCGAUUACUAUUAUACAAUAUGUUGCUUGGUUUUCCUGC